AUGUGGCCACCUCACAGAAUUUGCCCCCGGCAGCAGGAACCUCAGACCCAACGCAGCUCAGAGUCACCUUCCGAGAUUGUGCUCCUCCUCCACUGCCCAGCUCGAUUUGAAAAAGGGCGCAUCUACACAUUCAUUGGCGAAGUCGUCGUUUCCGUGAACCCUUAUAAGUCGCUGAACAUCUACGGGAGAGACACGAUUGAGCAGUAUAAAGGGCGCGAGCUGUAUGAGAGACCGCCUCAUCUUUUUGCAGUUGCUGACGCUGCUUACAAAGCUAUGAAGAGGCGCUCAAAAGACACUUGUAUUGUGAUAUCAGGGGAGAGUGGAGCUGGUAAGACUGAAGCCAGUAAGUACAUUAUGCAGUACAUUGCGGCCAUCACCAACCCCAGUCAGAGGGCGGAGGUUGAAAGAGUGAAGAAUAUGUUGCUCAAGUCCAACUGUGUCUUGGAAGCUUUUGGAAAUGCCAAAACCAACCGUAAUGACAACUCAAGCAGGUUUGGAAAAUACAUGGAUAUCAACUUUGAUUUCAAGGGGGAUCCUAUUGGUGGACAUAUCAAUAACUACUUACUGGAGAAGUCUCGCGUGAUUGUGCAACAGCCAGGAGAAAGAAGCUUUCAUUCUUUCUAUCAGCUGCUCCAAGGAGGUUCAGAUCAGACCCUCCGCUCUCUGCAUCUCCAGAAGUCCCUAGCCUCCUACAACUAUAUCCGCGUAGGAGCCCAGUUAAAGUCUUCCAUCAACGACGCCUCAGAAUUCAAAGUAGUAGCUGAAGCCAUGAAAGUCAUUGGCUUCAGACCUGAGGAGAUUCAGACAGUGUAUAAGAUUUUGGCUGCUAUUCUUCACUUGGGAAAUUUAAAAUUUGUGCUGGACGGAGACACGCCUCUCAUCGAAAACGGCAAAGUUGUAUCUGUCAUAGCGGAACUGCUCUCCACCAAGACCGACAUGGUCGAGAAAGCCCUCCUCUACCGGACGGUGGCCACGGGCCGCGACGUCAUCGACAAGCAGCACACGGAGCAGGAAGCGAGCUAUGGCAGGGACGCCUUCGCCAAGGCAAUAUACGAGCGCCUUUUCUGUUGGAUUGUUACUCGCAUCAAUGACAUUAUUGAAGUCAAGAACUACGACACCACAGUCCAUGGGAAAAACACUGUCAUCGGUGUCUUGGACAUCUAUGGCUUUGAAAUCUUUGACAACAACAGCUUUGAGCAGUUCUGCAUCAAUUACUGCAACGAGAAGCUGCAGCAGCUCUUCAUCCAGCUGGUCCUGAAGCAAGAGCAAGAGGAGUACCAGCGCGAGGGCAUCCCCUGGAAGCACAUCGAUUACUUCAACAAUCAGAUCAUCGUGGACCUCGUGGAGCAGCAGCACAAGGGCAUCAUCGCAAUCCUCGACGACGCCUGCAUGAAUGUCGGCAAGGUCACCGACGAAAUGUUCCUCGAGGCGCUCAACAGCAAAUUGGGCAAACACGGCCAUUUUUCCAGCCGGAAGCUCUGCGCCUCAGACAAAAUCCUGGAGUUUGAUCGAGACUUUCGAAUUCGACAUUACGCAGGUGAUGUAGUCUAUUCAGUCAUUGGAUUUAUUGACAAAAAUAAAGACACUUUGUUUCAAGAUUUCAAGCGCCUCAUGUAUAACAGUUCAAAUCCCGUGCUGAAGACUAUGUGGCCCGAAGGCAAACUGAGUAUCACAGAGGUGACCAAGCGACCUCUGACCGCCGCCACCUUGUUUAAGAAUUCUAUGAUCGCUUUAGUGGACAACCUUGCGUCAAAGGAGCCCUAUUAUGUACGUUGCAUCAAGCCCAACGACAAGAAAUCCCCACAGAUCUUUGAUGAUGAGCGCUGCCGGCACCAAGUAGAGUAUCUCGGACUGCUGGAAAAUGUGAGGGUGCGGCGGGCAGGGUUUGCCUUCCGCCAGACGUACGAGAAGUUUCUUCACAGAUACAAGAUGAUCUCUGAAUUCACCUGGCCCAACCAUGACCUCCCUUCAGACAAAGAGGCUGUCAAGAAGCUGGUUGAACAUUGUGGUUUCCAGGAUGAUGUGGCUUAUGGGAAAACCAAAAUUUUCAUUCGAACACCCCGAACACUGUUUACCUUGGAAGAACUCCGUUCGCAGAUGCUUGUAAGGAUUGUCCUCUUUCUACAAAAGGUGUGGCGAGGCACGCUGGCCCGCAUGCGGUACAAGAGAACCAAGGCAGCCCUGACGAUUAUCAGAUACUACCGGCGUUACAAAGUGAAGUCCUACAUCCACGAGGUUGCUAGACGCUUCCAUGGCGUCAGGACCAUGAAGGACUACGGGAAGCACGUGAAGUGGCCAACCCCACCGAAAGUUCUGCGCCGUUUCGAGGAGGCCUUACAGGCAAUUUUUAAUAGAUGGAGAGCAUCGCAGCUCAUCAAGAGUGUGCCCGCCUCUGACCUGCCCCAAGUCAGGGCAAAGGUUGCAGCCAUGGAAAUGUUGAAAGGUCAAAGGGCCGACCUGGGGCUGCAGAGAGCCUGGGAAGGCAACUAUCUUGCUUCGAAGCCAGAUACCCCUCAGACCUCAGGCACUUUUGUCCCCGUCGCAAAUGAACUGAAACGGAAGGACAAAUACAUGAACAUCCUCUUUUCCUGUCAUGUCCGUAAGGUGAAUCGAUUUAGUAAGGUAGAAGAUCGAGCAAUCUUUGUCACUGACCGUCACCUGUAUAAGAUGGACCCCACUAAACAGUACAAGGUGAUGAAGACGAUUCCACUCUACAACUUGACUGGUCUGAGUGUCUCUAAUGGAAAGGACCAACUUGUAGUGUUCCAUACAAAAGACAACAAAGACCUCAUUGUCUGCCUUUUCAGCAAACAGCCAACCCAUGAGAGUCGAAUUGGAGAACUUGUUGGAGUCCUGGUGAAUCAUUUCAAGAGUGAGAAGCGCCACCUUCAAGUCAACGUCACCAACCCCGUGCAGUGCAGCCUACAUGGGAAGAAGUGCACAGUCUCCGUGGAGACUCGGCUCAACCAGCCGGAGCCCGAUUUCACCAAGAACCGCUCGGGCUUCAUCCUCAGUGUGCCCGGGAACUGACCGCUCACCGGGGAGGCCCGGCCAGGGCCCGGGGGCCGCAGUGCCAGGCAGCCCCCGCCGCUCCGCGUCGCAGGUCCCCGUCUAAUUGCUGACUGCCCGCUACUGCCCGCUAGAAAUCAGCUCGCAAGGGUCCGUGCUUGAAGCCGAGCCCUCUUCUGCCUCCGCCAAGGCUCCGCCCCUAAGGUUCUCUUGUUGGCUUUCUGCCUUUGGUCUCCAUCUUCCUCUGCCCCGACUUUCCACGGUCCACACUCAAUAAACCAAAGACCCCAGUGCCCUGCCUCAGAGCCCCGGGCUCCUCCCCUCGCAGACGACUUGAUGUGCCUGGAGUCAGCGAAGCCUCUGCUCUCCCUCCCCCAGCCCAGGUCAGGUCAGUGUGCCCUGACCCACUGACCAGCGCCCGGGCCUGCAGGGGGUGGAGGCAGUUUCCCCCACCAAAAACAUGCUCCCCUGGGGGACGUGGGAGACUGAAGAUGAGCUGAGGAUGGAGCCCCGCUCUCUCCAUGCACCCAGCCUGCCACCCCUCUUUCCCCCAAGGUGACCGCAGCCCCCUGGGACCUUGCUCAGAGCUCCUCAGUGGAGCCCCCCACAGCAGUCAGCCAAAGCCCCCAGGUGAGCAGGUUCACCUGCAGGGCUGGCCUCUGAGCCCAGGAGCCAGCAGCGGGCUGUCCAGCCUGCCCAGAGCGUGCCCCAGGGCCUGCAGGCCACCGAGAGAGAGAGAGAGAGAGAGAGAGAGAGAGAGCGAGCGAGAGCGAGAGCGAGCGAGCGAGCAGGUGCUCCGAAGACCAGCUUCCUUAACCACAUGGCCCCGGCCAGUGGUUGUUGCACGCUGACAUUGUGCCAUUUGCAGGGCACUCCUCAGAUACUGUGUCUGUUAUGCCCACACUCCUGUCAGGAACACCAAUCAGAAAACGGAUUAACAGGGACCAGGGAGCACCGAGGCAGGGGGUCUGGAUGUUUUCCCCUUCUGACACUUCUGUGUCAUACUUACUUGGAGAAUGAGGACCAGGGCCAGAGGGACGGAGUGACAGAAACAGAGUUGGGGAGGGUCCUGGCACUGCAGGCCAGGCCAGGAUGCCCACCCUGCCCUGCAGACAGCCCCCACCGCAGCUGGGGCCCAGGCUGGGCACACAGGCCUCGCGCCAGGAGAGUGCCACCGUCUUGCCCGUCUGUGCCCAGCAGAAAGCACAUGGGCCUCACAGGCCCUCCUGACACGAACCUGCUCCUGAGCCUCAGCUGAGGACUCGGCCCCAGGCCUCCAGGAUGGGAGCCUCAAAAGGAGGGACUUGGGACACCCCCGUCGGGAGGUGCUGAGGUUGAGCCCACGGCUCAGCAGGAGACUGGCAGGGUACAAAAGGGCGUGCUGACGUUUCCUUCACUUUCUGCCACAGAUGCUGCCCACACCAUACCCCCCACCACUCACCCCCAUUACACACUCCUGACCUGCCACCCUGAUGCUGCAAAACACACCCAAGUGCCCGAGCACAGCCCCCUGUGCCUGACAUGGUCACCUGGCCAGCCCCCAGGUGGUCCCAGCAGCCUGCCCUCAUGCACACACACGCCCAGCCCCAACUUCCCAGGGCCCACAAACAUUUGCACCCUGUGCAGUUUUGCAACAAAAAAAAAUCCUCUUGGCAUCCUGUCCUCAGACACCCGUUCUCCUUCUCGACGCCUGGUCAGCUGCCUGCACCGCACAGAGGUGCCAUCAGCAUGGUUUAGCAGCAGAGAUCUGCCAAUCACCUUGACGCUAGACGCACCACCCUAACCGGAAGGGUGCCUCUCCUUCCCACUCACUUUCCCGAACCUGCUGCUUUACGCUAGAUACGUGCACACGUGUGUUGUAGCCACACCGAAACGGAACAUGCCAAAUGAGCGCCUCUCCGGGGCUGGAGUCCUUCCUCCCGCCUUCCAGGGCUCCCCGUGGCUCCCCGGCCCAGCGAGGGGCCUCCUGGCUGAGGGCCAGUCGACAAGCACUUUCUCGUGAUGUCCUCAGAAGUCCCAGUGCGUGGCGAGGAAGGAUCAGGAACUGAGGGUGGGGCCUCCGUGGGGCUCACAGGGUGCGGGGGAGCCAGAGGACACAGUGAUUGUAUGCAACAAAGUGUUUCUCUUGAUCUAAUUAAAUGCAGUUUUAUGGUUUGCUGCGUUUAUUCCUAUUUCCCAUUAAAUUAACUUUAUUUCUAGAGCAUAUUUUGAUUUACCGUCAAGAGCAAUAAAGCAUUAAAUCUUA